CGCCAGGGUCUGGCCGCGCUGGCUGUAGGCGCGCUUCUAGUCUCCGUGUGAAUCGGGUGCGCGAACGUCAAGUCAGUCCGCCGGUCCGCCAGACAUGGCCAACUUCCUGCUGCCCCUCGGCGCCGUGGCGCUGGUGCUCGCCCUCUUCUCGCAGCCCGGGUACGGGCUGACGUGCUACGAGUGCAACUCCAAGAACGACAGCCGGUGCGCGCUGGACCUGCCGCCGGACUCCCUCAAGAAGGACUGCAGCGAGCACAUCGAGGGCUCCAAGUACACCAUGUGCCGGAAGAUCACCCAGUCCAUCGACUUCGAGGUCAACGGAUUGCCGCCGGACAGCCGCGUGAUCCGCAGCUGCGGCUGGGACGAGUCCUCCUACAAGGGCAAGUGCUACCAGCGCUCGGGCUUCGGCGGUCGCCAGGAGGUGUGCUCCUGCCUCACCAACAACUGCAACGGCGCGGCCAGCGUCGCCGCCAGCGCGGCCGCCCUGCUGGGCUCGCUCUUCGUGGCGGCCGGCUACGUCCGCUACUGAGUGCCCCGUCCGCCGAGGAGCGACACCCUGAGGCGCUAGAGCGCCACGCCGAGGAGGUCGAGGCCCUGUGACGGCCGCCGGCCAGGCCUUGGGGCAGGCCUUGGGGCAGGCCACCCACCACCGCCGUGGCUUCCACCGCCACGCCCCGCACCUGGCCGGGGCGGCUGACGCGAGCCUCCGCCUUGCAGUGUGCCGGGUGCCGCCGGGCGUCGUCCGGGCGGUCCGGGCCGGGCCUCCCCGCCGUGGACGGCCGUGGCCGCGGACGCGCGCACGACGUUCGGCGGGCCCGCCGGCAUCGCGUGCAUCGGCAAGCUUGUGCCAGGGACUAAGACGAUAGUGAUCUCGAUGGACACCAUCAGAGCGGGAGUGGGCCGACCACCCAAGCCCGUCCCAGGGGCCGCUGCGGCAAGGACAAGGACGGCCUCUCCCGAAGAACAAGAACAAGAACAAGAGCCACCUCGAAGGACAGCCCUUGCCGCGGGGGCGGCCAGCGGCCCCGUGGGCAACGACAGCGGAGCCGCGGAGCCUCUAGACUAGACCUUAGUGAUCUCGGAUGUGAUCGCGUGGCGUGGUGCCGGCGGGCCGACGAUGCUGGCGGGGCGGGGCGGGGCGGGGGGCCCCGAGGGGCGACAUCGGCCUCGGCGCCCAGCCCCAGCCACGACGGCCUCGGAGGCCUCGGCCCGCCGGGACGACGCGGCCACUGAGUGUGGCGCACGAGACGGGACAGAGACGAAGGCGCACGCCAUGCGCACGCCGUGGGCCAAAGCCUUCGCCCAUUCAAUUUCUGUUGUUUUUUGUUUGUUUUGUUUUGACAGUGUGCUGGAGAGGUCCGCGCGGCGCCGCCCUGUCCGACUGCGCGGCGCGGCGCGCGGCCGACGGUUGGCCGCGGGGUGGUGGCGCGCGGACAAGGGAGGGUGGAACCCGAACCCGGUGCCGGGUUCAAAGGGGCAAAUCGGACUGAGCUCACCUUUUGAAAUCGUAUUGCUCAAAUCUAUCUUUGUCCUUUGUUAUUUUCCACCUUGGUAGAUUUCUCGAUGCGGUCCGCAUAAAACAAUUAGUUCCUAAAUCGUGUUCUGAAAUGCGGCUACCACCAAUAAAUUAAUAAAAUUGCAACUCCAAAUAAUAUCUUCUUCUUUCUGAUUAUUUACACCAGUAAUCGUAAUUUCUUGGUUUCGUUUUAGAGACUGCGUAUCCAAAACGUCGGAUGUGACGUGAUGUAUAUAUCAUUAAAUUAGUUAAAAACAAUGUUAGAGGAAAUAUGGAAGCCCGUGGGUCGCCCUUCAGGGGGACGAAAAUCGCCCCGAAAAAAUUCCCUCAACAGUUGUGCCGGCGACGGCACGACAUGUUGAAACUCAGUCAUUCCGUCUGUCUUUGCAACCCCUUUCUGGCCACGAACUGCGACUCCACACUGCCACACUUGAACCAGCUAAUCGUCACUCCGAUAUAUGGAAGAAAAAGUCGGGUAGAUAAAGUAAAGUAAAAGAAGCUAGUCCUGUAAAACGAAUUAGGUGAUCACAGCAGUGGUAGAACCCGGUUUCCUUUCUGUACGACUUUUAUGUUGCAAUGCACGGCUUGUUCUGUUGCAACCUUUUAAUUUAGGUUUAUAUUAUUUUUAAGUAAUUUACAGUGAAUGUGUUGCGAAUUUUUUUUCCGGAGAUUGAAUAGAGAUUAAGUUUUCUGGCAUAAUGAACGCAUUUGGAACGAAAGUGCCGCCUUGAGUUUAACAAGGCCGAACGAGACGUGCGAGGGACGAAUGGGUUUGGAAAUUACUGAGGAAAGAGGCGUUACAUUAGUGUACAAGGUUGUUUUUUUUUGUAAUACUUUAUUUCUCGUUUCGUUGCCUCCUUUAUGAAAUAUGGCGAACAUACUACUUGUUCAGCGUACACCUGUGAUCGCGUGUAGAUUAAAUAAACUAAACUGAAAAUUCGUA